AAACGAAACGCCCUUUAAAACCGGAAGUGGUAUUCUUGCUAACACCAGCGCAUUGAUUCCCCCCUCCCCACAACAAUAAGAGGGAGACGGAAAUAAAAAAUCACAAAUCUCCAAAGAAACGAGCAUAAAGCUAAAUCUGUCCCGGGUUUUUGAAGACAUAUACUGCACUCAGUCAUGCUGUCGGACGCAGAUUACUCUGGGAAUGCCUCUGGUGCUCGCCGAGCCAAGAAGAGGAGCUCCGGGGAGUCACCGGGGGACGGACAGACCCUGCGCUCCUCUGGAAGGCAGAUCAAUGUCCGAGUGAAGCGCACCAACAACCCCCCACCUGGACAGAGCAAAAGAAAGGCCACAGACACAGAGGAAGAAGACGAUCAGUCUGAGAAGAAGUACAGAAAGUGUGAGAAGGCUGGAUGCUCUGCCACGUACCCAGUUUGUUUUGCAAGUGCAUCUGAAAGAUGUGCUAAAAAUGGAUACACAUCUCGCUGGUAUCAUCUGUCAUGUGGUGAGCAUUUUUGCAACGAAUGUUUUGAUCACUACUACAGAAGUCACAAAGAUGGUUAUGAGACCUUUGCUGCCUGGAAGAAAGUGUGGACUAGUAAUGGGAAAAGUGAGCCCAGUCUCAAAGCUUUCAUGGCAGAUCAGCAGCUGCCAUUCUGGGUUCAAUGUAUUAAACCAGACUGUAGGAAGUGGCGUCAGCUGACUAAAGAGAUCCAGCUCACUGCCACCUUAGCAACAACGUAUCGCUGUGGCAUGAAGUUCAACAAUAUCAAGAGUGAAGGACCUGACCAAUGCUCCCAACCAGAGGACUUGAGAGUGGCUGAGGUGACAGACAGCUGGUGGCAUUCAAUGUUGAUUUUGCCACCAUUGUUCAAAGACAGCCCGGCCAGCCCUUUCCUGGCUUCAUACUACCCGGACUGUGUUGGGAUGAGUCCAUCAGGAUCCUCCAGCAACGUUUCUCUGUCUGAGCUGAGGGCUGAUCACUGCAGAGCCGUCCCACCACAGAUUCCAGGCCUGUGUCCGUAUUUCCAGCCCUUCUACCAGCCCAAUGAGUGCGGCAAAGCUCUGUGUGUGCGCCCGGAUAUGAUGGAGCUGGAUGAGCUUUAUGAGUUUCCAGAAUUUUCCAGAGACCCCACCAUGUAUUUGGCUUUACGUAACCUCAUUCUGGCUUCAUGGCACAGGAACUGCAAGGAGGUGCUCACUUCCCAGAAAUGUGCUGAGAACAUCAUCGUGCGGGGGUUGGUGCGUGUGCGCUGCGUGCAAGAGAUGGACCGUGUGCUCCACUUCAUGACAAGGAAAGGCCUCAUCAACACCGGAGUGCUGGCAGUGAAACGGCCUCUUCUACCUGAGAGAUACUGCUCUAGAAAUGUUAUCAUCAUUGGAGCUGGGGCUUCAGGUUUGGCUGCUGCACGGCAGCUGCAAAACUUUGGCACUCAGGUGAUGGUGCUGGAGGCCAGAGAGAGAAUUGGAGGCCGUGUGUGGGAUGAUGCUACUCUGGGCGUCAAUGUGGGCCGAGGAGCUCAGAUCGUCAACGGCUGUGUGAACAACCCCAUCGCCCUUAUGUGUGAACAGAUGGGCGUCAAGAUGCACAAGCUGGGGGAGCGGUGUGACCUCUUCCAAGAGGGGGGGCAGGUUACUGACCAGGCCAUCGACAAGCGCAUGGAAUUCCACUUCAACGCCAUCCUGGACGUGGUGUCAGAGUGGAGGAAGGACAAGUCGCAGAAUCAGGACACACCGCUGAGAGAAAAAGUCCAGGAGCUGAAGAAGAACUUUCUUCAGGAGUCUGGUAUCCAGUUCAGUGAGUUGGAAGAAAAAGUGCUUCAGUUUCAUCUCAGCAAUCUGGAGUACGCCUGUGGGAGCACGCUGGAUCAGGUCUCAGCAAGAUCCUGGGACCACAACGAGUUUUUUGCCCAGUUCUCAGGAGACCACACUUUACUCACAAAAGGCUACUCUGUGUUACUGCACAGACUGGGCGAGGGCCUCGACAUCCGCACAAAAUGCCCGAUUCAGGCCAUCGAUUACUCAGGUGAUGUUGUCAAAGUGACCUCCUCCAAUGGAUCCCAGUGGACGGCACAUAAGGUUCUUGUUACAGUGCCGUUGACUUUACUACAGAAGAACGUGAUCCAGUUCAACCCUCCACUUCCUGAAAGAAAACUGAAAGCGAUCCACAGUCUGGGGGCCGGCAUCAUAGAGAAGAUCGCUCUUCAGUUCCCGUACAGAUUCUGGGACAACAAAAUCCAGGGAGCAGACUACUUUGGUCACAUACCACCGUGUCCCGAGAAGAGAGGCAUGUUCAGUGUCUUCUAUGACAUGGAUCCACAGGGUAAGCAGGCUGUCCUCAUGUCUGUGAUCACUGGCGAUGCCGUUUCUGCUGUGAGGGACAUGGAGGACAAGGAGGUAGUGGGCGAGUGCAUCAAGGUCCUGCGGGAACUUUUUAAAGAACAGGAGGUCCCAGAGCCGCUGCACUACUUUGUCACACAUUGGAGUAAAGACAUGUGGUCCCAGAUGUCCUACAGCUUUGUGAAGACAGGAGGAAGUGGAGAGGCCUAUGACAUCCUAGCAGAGGACGUGCAGGGAAAAGUCUUCUUUGCUGGAGAGGCCACCAACAGACAUUUCCCUCAGACUGUGACAGGAGCCUACCUGAGUGGGGUCAGAGAGGCCAGCAAGAUGGCCGCCAUGUAAACUCCAUCAGUCCUAGAGAACUCAGAAACACACCAGCAUGGACACACGGGUUUCACUGAGACAGACCGUUUAAAAACUUUUGACUACUUCUCUGAUUUUCACAACUUGGAAUUAUGUUUCACUGUACUGUCGUGUGUCUGACCAGCAAAACCUUGUUCGCCACUUUGCAAUAGAGGGGACAAGAAGGGGUCUUCAAGUCCUUCAACAUAUUUAACAUUAGAAACGGUGAAAGGUUUCUUAUUUAUAUCAACAAAUACAGCUGGUAGAGUGUCAGUGAUGAAAACUGUUAUCAUGGCAUAAAGUAAGAAUAAUAGUGGAAAAGCUGUGUUAGCUGUGUAGAAAAACAGGAUCAUGUUACUUAAAUCUGAGCUGAAUGAGCAUUUCUGUAGAACGUUUGUGAUGGAACUGUCAGAAAGUUUCAGUUUUGGGAGGUUUGAGUGUUUGAAACAUUGGUUAACUUUCACAUUUUUAACACGUGAUAUAUAAUAAUGUCACAGAAUCACGUUUCAAUACAUUUUGGGGGAUUUAUUCCAAAAUUUGAACUUCUGAGAGUUGCCUGCCAUUGUUUCAAACAGCAGUGAUACACUUGUGUUGUAUAACUGUGAUUCAUGUGUUGGUGAAGGUGUUGAUGAGAAAUGCAACAGUUAGAUUUAAAGUAGUACUUCUGUGAUAGCACUUUUGAUUUAAAAAUAAAAGCAAUGAGUAGAUAAUGAGAAAUUGAAUUCUUGGUAGGACUGUUCUCAUAUAAAGUUGGAUCAUUACAAAGUUGUCCCCAUUUUGUCUCAGGGAUGAGGUCAAAACACCUAACAGAAAAUCACGAUUUUGACGAUGGCUACGAAAAAUGACACAACUCAUCAUAUUAUCUUUUAAUAGUCCCUGAAGAAUAACUCCCUGAGGUCUGAGUCCGGGAACAGCACAACAACGUCCUCACUUUGUCUGAUUAAUGUUGACUAAUGAAGUUUUACAUGUACAUCCUCCUAUCUCUGGAUCAGCACAUCUACAUGAUCACGUCUUCUUUAUCAAACUUUACAUUGCUUGAAUAUUUAUCGCGUAUGUGUCUAAUAAACUGAGCUACCAACUGCCAUA